UCUUGAAUCUCUUGCUUGUUAUGACUUAUGACUCGUUGUGAAUUAAUAUAAUAUACAUAAAAAUGUAAUUGUAAUCUGUGUAUCGACUAAUAACAAGCCGAAAUAUUAUCUAUAUCUUCCGUAGUCCUCGACUUCUUUUGGAUUUGAGGUUGUACUGUAGAUUUUAAUCACAUCACAAGUUACUAUUCCCAUAAUCAGUGAGGCCUAGAUACAUAUUUGUGUUUAAAAUGGGUGAUUCAGCACCUAUCGUGAAAAAUGUAAUUCACGCUGGGCAGAAAUACAAACCAAUAUCUGAUGGAAGCAAGGUUCACUUUCAUUUUCAAACAUGGAAGUGUGGGAAAGAGAGAGUCCUCAUUGACGACAGCAGGAAGAUUGGCAAGAAGGAGCCUAUGGUUCUAGUCAUCGGUCACAAGUUCAAGCUGGAGGUCUGGGAGUCCAUAGUCAUAAUGAUGGCUGUUGGUGAAGUGGCCAGCUUUACUGUUAAAAAAGAACUAGUCUUCAGCUAUCCAUUUGUAUCGAAAACUUUGCGGGAGCUCGGGCAGGAGACUAGUAAAAAGAAACAUGCAUGCACUAUGACAUUGCACACAGAAGGCAUUGGUUACCCUGACUUGGACAGUUUGAUGAAGGAGCCGUGUGAUUUAGAAUUCAUCAUAGAACUGCUUCGAGUGGGAAGAGCCGACGAGUACGAGAAGGAAGUGUGGCAGCUCUCCUCGCAAGAGCGGCUGGAGCUGGUGCCCAGCCUCCGGGAGAAGGGGAACCAACUGUACGGGCAGAAGAAAUAUGACGAGGCGGAGGACGUGUACGCAAAGGCCAUUGCUAUUUGCGAACAGCUUAUGAUAAGAGAAAGAAAAUGUGACGAGGAAUGGAUCAACUUGAACAAAAUAAAGUUGCCCCUACUACUGAACUACGCUCAGUGCAAACUCAUCAAAGGCGAGUACUACGCGGUCAUCGAACACUGCAACACCGUGCUGGAACACGACAAAGACAAUGAAAAAGCUCUAUACAGACGAGCGAAAGCCCACGUCGGAGCGUGGAACCCGUCGCUCGCGGAAGAGGACUUCCUCCGGCUGAGAACCCUCAACCCCACGAUGGGCCCAACGGUGGACAAGGAGCUAGCGCACAUAAGGAAACUGCAGAAGGAUAAGGAGAGCGAAGACAAGGACGCUCUGAGAAAGAUGUUCGGGACCGACAACGGCACGUAGCGUUCAUAUAGACCGACCGGCGCCGUACGCCUGCCGCCCGCACCUUCCCCGCCACCCUUAGGGCUCAUUUAGACGAUGCGAGUUUCAUUACAUUGCGGGUUUUGAUCGGUCGGUUGAAUUAGACGUAACCAAUAGUCCGCAAUGUAACUAAAAUCGCAUGCGAGUUCGCGCGCCGUCUAAAUCAGCCCUUAGUCGUCCUACCCCGUCGCCCCCGUACCGCGCAGGCGAGGACUCAUUUAAGCGGUCGGUCUAUAGUCAACUUUUAACCCCGCGAGUCCUGGUAAAAGUGACGUCUAAGGGCCAGUUACCACUACAUACAUAUAUACAAGUGGCGGAAAAUGACCAAAAAAUUGGACGAGUUCCAACCACAAUUCUGCCCUGCUUAUUGUAUACAUGAAAAUCAUCGUUUAAAUAAAGAACUUAUUCAAAGAGAACAAGAUAGACAAUUGCAUGACUUUUCAACUACGAUUACUGCAUAUGUUGUUAGCACGGCGGAAUUACUGGACGGUUCAACUUCACUCAGCUGUGAAGCAUGAAACUUCCCAUGCAAUAUUUAGCGAAAGUAUAACGGUGAGAGACAGUUUCGUGCAACAGACCCUACGUCCCGUAGAAGUGACAUUUUUUUUUGUUAUUAUUCCGUCCUAUUUUCCAAGGGACAAUAGUGGCACAGUGUGACAAUAAAUGUUAUAUCGGGUUCCACUAACAUGCUUAGUAGGUGGUUCAAUUUGGAAAUAGCAUAGGAAUACCACAAAAUGCAUGUUUGAUAAAUUUAAAUACCACGAAAUAAGGAUUAUAAAAGUUAUUUUUCUGGAUAACUAAGCAUGACCUUAGCAACGAAGGACAUUUAAGAAGCUGAUUUGCCCUACAAAAUGUUUGAACAGUGAAAUACCCUUCGGGCUUAAGUAAAGGGACUCGGGUGGUUCUGGCCAUACGUAAUUAAGCUUUAUUGCAAUGAGAUAAGAUCUACCAAAAGUCAGUUAAGUGUGUUAAUGUUUGUACAAGUGGCGGAAAAAUGUAAAAACGACUUAUAUUUCUAUGACUAGGAAUGAAACUAUUCUCUUUUUUCGGAAAGUACAAAUUGAAAUACACCUUUUUUACAUUUCUACUAUUUGUAGCCACUUCUAUUGAACACUA